GCAACAAAACAGCCGAAAAAGAAGAUUAGCUGCAACAAAACAGCCGAAGAAGAAUUGUCUAACACAACAGCUUGGCAUCAUCAUGCCUACUGCUGUUACCAUGGAGGAAAAUUUUGAUAAAUUAUUAGAGCAAUGCGAAACUCAAGAACUGGAGGCUCCAGGGGGUAUAGCUACACCUCAAGUCUAUGGUCAGCUGCUGGCUCUCUAUUUACUCAACAAUGACAUGAAUAAUGCCAGGUAUCUAUGGAAGAGGAUUUCUCAGGCAAUAAAAUCAGCGAACCCUGAAUUAGCAGCUGUUUGGGCUGUUGGCCAGCACAUUUGGCAGAGAGACUUUCCAGGCAUCUACACGGCCAUCGCAGCUCACCAGUGGUCAGAGAGUAUUCUUCCCGUCAUGGAGGCCCUUCGAGAGAGCACACGGCAAAGGGCGUACACUCUAGUGGCACAGGCAUACACUUCCAUCACAGCAGAAGAUUUCGCUGCAUUCGUGGGCUACUCCGUAGAAGAGGCAGUGAAAGGUGUGGUAAGUCAAGGUUGGCAGGCAGAUCCCACUACCAGGAUGGUGAUGCCCAAAAAGCCAGAUCCUCCCCCCGUCUCGCUGGUUCCAAAUGAGCAGCAGUUGGCCAGACUCACCGACUACGUGACUUUCCUGGAGAACUGAUAAUCCACCCGUAACCACUGCCAACCGUUUGGACCUGUCUGGUACUGAGGAAGAGGACACAUUUGGAUAGCUCCUCCACCUUGAUAAAGGUGUACCAAAAACAUCCAUCAGCUUCUGGUUAUGGGACUCUUCUUCAGGACAUUUAUGUUCAGCUACUAUUUUGUUAAUUUCCUACUUGAGCCCCAAAGGAUGUAAAUUUGGUUCUGAUUUCAAAAGUGAAACUGAUUAUUUAGCUGUUGUUUUUUCCCCCCCGUUUCCAGCCUAACAAGCUCACACCUGCUCAGUUUUAGGACUUACAGUAGUUUGCAUUGACACAAGCUUCACCAGGUACCGGCAGUCUUGGCAUGCAUGCAUCUCUGUGUGUGUUCAGUCUACACAUCUCCUGUUUUGACUGCUGAAUAAAUAUUUUCUGUUUCUAA